AUAUGAGCAUCUUCAUGGCGUCUUGUGAAACAACAAGGUAACGACGAGCGUGCACCCCAGUCGACCGCUGGGCAAGGUACCAUGGAUUAACUGUAAUUGAGUACUAUAGUCCGUAGUGAUUCCGCCCUGAUAGAUACCGACGCUGGUCAUCGUAUCAUCCAUUUGCAUGCGUAUGGCAAAAUGACAACAAAAACAACAACACGCUCAGACGAGUGUACGCCUCUCGUCCUCGUCUCUAAUGUUCAAGAGACUACGCUCGCCGGAAACCUGGUAGGUGUCGCCAGAACUGAAGAGCGAGAUGAAGCGACCCAGAUUCGAGCAGAAUCCACUACUGCCAAACUCACCACGUCUUCCCGCGUAAUUGCCCCGGAUCUUGCGCGUGGCAUUUUAAUGCUGCUUAUGGCCGGCCAUUGGUCGGUCUGCCCACCUGGAUCAGCCUGUCUGGGCUGCCAGAAGAUGGAAUACGUCAGGUGUAGUACACUUGGACAGUGCUGAUGUGAUCCUUUCCUUGUGCCUGUCGGUGCAGAUCAUGGAGCACUUACUCAAGCGCGUUCGCACACGGACAGGGAAUGACUUCAGAAACUGCAAGCCUCACUAUUACUCGUUUUAAUCACUUCUGGCCAUACCUGCUGGGGACACUGUCACACAUGUGUGCGCCAAGCUUUGCAAUGCUCAUGGGCAUGGGAAUCGCAUAUUGGACAAAUGGUCUGAGUUCAACAGGCCAAGUUUUAUGACAAAGCCAAAUGUACAUGGUGGUGAUUAAUGCAUGAUACCAUUUUUGCUUGAA